AUGGCCGAAGUCGAGAAUCCCCCGAUCGACGAAUCUGUCGCAGCCUCCGAGGCUGCGGACGACCAGACUCAUAACGUGACGGCCAGCGCGACGGUCGGUACGAGGCGUCAAGCAAAUGGCACCAUUGGCUCGGUCUACUCUGGAAACAAGAUCAGGCACCUGAAGAAGGAGGAUGGCAUCCCUCUGUGGCGCAAAGAUAUCCAAUACCAGUUCCUCAAACUCGUCUUCGAGGAUAAGACCCCCGUGUUCACGCGAUACCCCGAUGGCAAGAAGAACUGCGACUUUGCCGACAUCUACAUCGACGCCAUGGCGAGGAGCAGCAAGACUAGCAAAAUUCUGAAAGACAAGCUGCAGAAUGACAAGCCGGCCGCUAUCAGCAUGGCCAUGGUCUGCUUGUUGGUCAAUUUUGGUCGCAUGAACACAACCCUCAACUUCUUCCCCGAAAUGCGUGCUCAGUUGCGAACAUACCACUCCAUCCCUUCCCUUCAAGCCCACCAAGACUCCAACGCCUAUAAACAGCUCCAGGAUGCCCCACGUCUGAAAUCCAUCUUGAAGGGUGCGUCCGAGGACGUCGAUCAACCUAAUACAUUGGAAAAGAUUAAGCGACAGGCUCUCCCUCGAACUAAUCCGGUGAACCUCAUCUUCGUCUUGGCGCAAUAUGCACCAAAGGUCUCGGAGAUGCAUUUCUUCCCUCCUCGCGACUUUUUCGAUCUGGUGAUGAGGUCCACAUUGAGCAGUGAGACUCGUGCCAAGGCCUUUUUGUGGCUUAUGUGGUGGUACCUGGAGAGUGACUUUACGCGCGAAUCCGCGAUCAACAACCCCUUCGGAGCUGGUUUAGACGGCGAAGGCACCGAUGGCCUCCCUAUCAAGGUUCCCGCUUUUGAGAGCUUGACGGAGGAUCAGGCGAACCUGGAGAAUGUGGAUACACCGGAGGAAUUGGAAUAUGGUGAAUCCAAAAGACUUGAACGCAAGCGUAUUCUGGAGGAGGACGAACCACUCCCUCGUGUUCCGAAGCGCUCAAGGAAAGAUUACGGUCUAGAUGAGGAUUCGUUUGCCGGGGAUUACUCUGGCCUGGGAGGUCGAGGCUCCGCGAUGUCUACCCCUCUUCAUCCAUCUGCCAAGCGUAGCCUGGAUGAUGACGACGACGAGUUGACUCCUGGCUAUUCACGACCUCGGAACAAGCAGGCCAAACGCGACUCUUCGCUCACUCGGGUCGUUGGUCAGCAGCGGCUGAUUUUGAAGACUAGAAUGGAUCACACUCCAGACGCUUCGCCAGCACCCCCAGGCUCUAACCAUCCCGUACUGAACCGCUUCAUUCCCGAGCCCUCUCUUUCUCAGACCUCCGGACGUCGGCCACGACCUCUCACGCAGCACCAGAUUGCCGUGGAACAGAACCGCCGACAACGUAUUGAAUACUUACUCGCAAAGCGCAAAAGCAAUGCCUAUCGUGUCUUGCGCCACAAGCGGAACCACGAGAUUCCUUGCGUCCGAUAUGGUCGUCUUCUACAGGGCUUACCAGAUGGUUACGAUACCGAGGAAGAGGAGAAAUCAUGGGGCAAGGGUGGUUUGCUUCCCAAUCCCAACGAAGAGGACGACUUUGGCGAAUGCGCUAGUUUCUUCCUCUCCGUGGUUCGGAAGGCUUCACGCCGUCUAGACAGAUGGGACUAUGAAGAUGCCAACGGACCCAAGAAGGACCGUCAAAAGGAGCGCGAGGAGCGACAGAAGGCCAAGGCUGCCAUCGAGGCCGAUGUACGAGCCAGCAGCAACCGCGCCCGUCCGCGUGCCGCUCGUGCUGCUCCGAAGCGCAAGUCUACCGGCCCAACAUCCACUCCUGGUACCGCGAAGAAAACACCAGGAUCUCGUGCCAAGGCUGGUCGCAGCCGUCUUGCUACUGGAGGUCCCGAAACACCAGCCGUAGGCACUCCUAACUGGGACGCCGAGAAUGCUGCCGGCGACGAGGACAUCGAAGGCGAGCUGGACGAACUUGAUCGCGAGCUUUUGGGUGAAGCCUCGGGCGAGGAAGACGGUGCCCAGCGUGCCGGAGACGGGGAAGGCGAUUCCUCCGACGAAUCUGGUGAUGACGAUGGCGACGUGGAUGGUGAUGAGAACUCGUCUACUUACGAUGGUCCCAAUGGCUAUGCACGACAUGAAAGCUCUUCGCCCGUCCCGGAGAGCCGGCGUGACGGUGGAGAUGACGCGAUGGAGGAGUAA